CGCGCGGUGAACGACGCGUCGAGACCACCGGUGUUGUACGGACGCAGUAGCCGAAGAACAACGCGUUGCCGGUCGCGAUCGAUGUGACAAGACCAAAGGGACCGAGGACGAAUUGCCGUACCUUAUUGCGUUCAAAACCGCAUUGGUAUCGAAAACGCAAUUGCGCUCACGCCAUCGAGAUACGUUGUAGUUUCGAAGUGUUCGUCCGCGCGGUGCUGAACGACCGUUGCGAUAAACGCGUGCUGCAAUCGUUUCGACGCGUUUUCCCGCGAGCGGCAGUGACGUCACACCGCAUCGCGUACGUUCGCAUGACCGUUCGAUUUGCUGGACGCGUCUGCGGUGUCGUCUAAAAAUCGUUCGAUCGAACGCACGUCGUUUUCGCGCGACUUCCGACCAGGCCCGCUGUGGAACGCACGAUGGCCCGACCGCGUCCGCGGACCGCCGUGACCGCGUCGGUUGCGCUGUUGGCCGCGAUCGCGUGCGCCGGCCACCAGUGGACAGCGGCCGAGGGCGCCCGGAUACUGGCCGUGGAGACGGUGGCCGCCAGGAGCCAUUGGAACUUCAUGAGCGCGGUGCUGCGAUCGUUGACCGCGGCCGGCCACCAGGUAACGGCGUUCACGCCGUUCCCGGAUGAAGGCGGCGGCGGGGUGAACUACACGGCGGUGGACACGUCCGCUCAGUGCCAGAUGCUGACGGCCACGGACCCGGCGCUAAUGGUGGCCAGCUUCGGCGGCCCGGUCGCCCUGAUGCGCACGUUGCCCGCGUUCUGCCAGAACCAUUGCGACGUGGUCAUGCGCCACCCGAGGUUCGACGCGAUCAUGCGCAACCAGAACGCCCCGGCCGCCGGCGUCGCGCCGUUCGACCUGGUCAUCAUGGAGCCGCUGGCCGUGGACUGCAUGUCGCAUGUGGCCCACACGCUCAGCUUACCCAUCGUGUACGCCAUCCCGUCACCCAUGAUCACGUACGCGGAACGCGAAUUCACCGGGCACGUGUCGCACCCCGCGUGCGUUUCCAACCUGAUCGCCGGCCACGCCGUGCCCCGCACGUUCGUCCAAAGGUUCACCAACAACAUGCUGCUGGUGUACACCAUGGUGGUACGCGAGUUCCGUAACCGGCUGCUCCGGUUCACCGAUCCCAGGCCGUACGACGCGAGUCCUGUCGUCCGCCCAUCCGUGAUAUUCCAGAACAGCUUCCACGGCACCGAAGCCCCGAGACCCGUUCUGCCCAACGUCGUGGACGUCGGAGGCAUUCACUUGGAGCCGGCCAAAACGAUACCGGCCGAUAUUUUGGACUUUAUUGAAAAAUCUACGCAUGGGGUCAUAUACUUCACAUUCGGUUCAACCGUUAAAAUCUCUUCACUACCAAAGCACAUUAUUAAUACAUUUAAAGAAGUGUUAGCUCAAGUUCCUCAGAGGGUGUUGUGGAAAUACGAAGACGAAAUGAAAGAUUUACCAAAACACGUGAUGAUAAAGAAAUGGUUGCCCCAGCGUGAUAUAUUAUUGCAUCCUAAAGUGAAGUUAUUUAUAAGUCAUGGCGGUAUAUCUGGAGUAUACGAAGCACUUGACGCUGGUGUUCCAGUACUCGGAUUUCCUAUGUUCUAUGACCAGCCAAGAAAUUUAGAUAAUUUAGUCAUCGCUGAAAUGGCUAUAACUAUGGACCUAUUUACUGUGGCUAAUGACACUUUGUUGAAUAAUAUUUUAAAACUUAUUAAUGAUAAAAAAUACGCUAAGAAUGCAAAAAUUGCUUCUAAUCGAUUCAAAGAUAGGGUGAUAUCACCAGAAAAAUUGGUCGUUUACUGGACAGAGUAUGUUAUUCGUCACAGAGGAGCGCCUCACUUGAAGUAUCAUGGAUACAAUCUGACCUGGUACCAAUAUUUUCUGUUAGAUGUGAUUGCAGAUGCAGUAACCACUUCUAUUUUUAUUUUAUUUGUUAUGUAUAAAUUUUUGAAAUUUAUUUUCAAUUUUUUUUUUAAGUUUUUAAGUAAUGAAAAGGUUAAAAUUCA